AGUGCCGAUGUCACUACUGGCCGUCGUUUUACCCAGAAACCUCUGCUGCAGUAUUAUCUGCUAGCAGACGAAGGUGUAUUGAGUGUACCGUGCGAUGUGGUGACGGGGCAUUGCGGUAAACAGCUUAAAUAUAAAUGGAUAUCGCGGUAACCGCGCAUUCGAAAUGAAGAAGUUCACUUUUAAAGGAGUGUUGGAUGGAUUUCGGUCCUCUGUGAGUCAGCAAGCUCGCGCCGACCAGGAAAUUGCAGAAACACUUCGGCCGGAUAACUUUCAAGUCGCAAAGACAUUUCGACAUGGCUUCCCCUACCAACCCACGGCAAUGGCCUUCGAUCCUGUGCAGAGGCUCCUGGCGGUCGGAACCAAGAGCGGGCUGCUCAGAAUCGUGGGCCGUCCCGGCGUGGACACUUCCAUGCGCCACGAGACGGACGCCGCCGUGAUCCAGCUCCAGUUCCUGGUCAACGAGGGCGCGCUGCUGUCCGCCACCGCCGACGACUCCAUCCACCUCUGGAACUUCCGCCAGAAAAAGCCCGAGGUGGUGCACAGCCUCAAGUUCCAGAAGGAGAAGAUCACGUACAUGCACCUUCCCCUGCAGAGCAAGUGGCUGUACGUGGGCACAGAGCGCGGCAACAUUCACAUCGUCAACAUCGAGGCCUUCGUGGUGUCGGGCUACGUCAUCAACUGGAACAAGGCCAUCGAAGUGUCACGGAAAACCCACCCCGGACCCGUGGUUCAUCUUAGCGACUGCCCCAUAGACCCGAGCAAGCUGUUGAUAGGGUACGAGUCGGGCCAGCUGGCGCUGUGGGACCUCAAAUUGAAGCAGGCGGAACUUCGCUGGCACAGCACGGAGCGCCUCAAGUCGGCGGGCUGGCACAACGACGGCAAGCAGUUCAUGUGCUCGCACGUGGACGGUUCCCUGACCACCUGGGCCGUGCGGCCGGGGCCCAAGCCCGUCAACGUGCUGCUGCCUCACGCCAAGCCCAACAAAGACGGGAAGCUAGAUGCCUGCAAGCCCGUGGACAAGGUUGAAUGGAAGGUCGCGAGAACUGGGGAGACGUACGUGAUAUUUUCUGGCGGCCUUGCCAACGACAAGUCCGGACGCAUCCCCAGCAUCACGGUGGUGCACGGCAAGAACACGACGGUCCUCGAGAUGGAGCACAAAGUGAUAGACUUCAUUACCCUGUGCGAGAGCCCGUACGCGAGCGAACCUCAAGAACCGUACGGCAUUGCCGUGCUCCUGCACAACGACCUGGUGGUGAUCGACCUGAACGCCCAGGGCUUCCCCUGCUUCGAGAACCCCUACCCCAUGGACCUGCACGAGUCCCCCGUCACGUGCUGCACCUACCUGGCGGACUGCCCGUCCGACCUCAUCCCCGCCUUCUACUCCGUGGGCAGCCGGACGCACAAGCGGACCGGCUUCACGGAGAGGGAGUGGCCAAUCAACGGCGGGGAGUGGUCCCCCACCAGCUGCAGCUACAACGAGAUCAUCCUCACGGGACAUGCCGACGGCAGCGUCAGGUUCUGGGACGCAUCCGCCGGCACACUUCAAGUUUUAUACAAGCUAAAAACCUCCAAAGUGUUUGAGAAGCCUCAGUCAAGAAGCGUUGACGGCUCCGACGACGACCCCCUCGCCAUCCAGCUCAUCUCCCUGUGCCCCGAGAGUCGCAAGCUGUGCGUGGCGGGGGCGUCCUCCCACGUCAUUCUCUUUAAGUUUCGGAAACAGGAAUCGACCAGUGACACAACGACCCUGGAAAUCCCCAUCGUGUACGAAGUGACCGACGAAGGGCCCGAGGGCUCCCCGGAGGCUGAGUACCCGCCCAGACCCAGUCUCGUUUCCCACAGGGGCGAGUCAAACGAUGCCGAUGGCAAAAAGUCUUCGUUAGAAUACGCUCUUCCCUUAAAAGUAAAGCCCGGACCACAGAAGAAGCCCGCCGGUUUCCAAGCCCACAUCGUGUGCAUCACGCCGUGGGUGAACGGCGAGCAGCCGGGACAGAUCACCGCUCUCAGCAUCAACUCUUCCUAUGGACUAAUGGCCUACGGCAACGAGUCCGGCAUCGCCGUGGUGGACAUUGUCCAGAGGACGUGCGUGCUGUCCAUGGGCACGCCGGACCUGUACGGAAGCGCGGACCCGUACCAGAGAGUGCCCCGCUCCCCCAAGCGGGGCGGCCAGCCCGCCGGCCCCUCGGACUUCACCAACCCCGGGGCUCGCGAGGAUGACCCGCGGUGCCGCUCCCCCUCGACGGACCAGACUGAGCAACUUGCAGAUAAUGUAACCACAGCUCCGCCUCCCUUUCUUGCCUUAUCCCUGCCAUCCCCUAACAAGGACAAGGAAGAGCGAGACAGUGACAGUGAUCCUACGUCUGGGAACAUCGCCGGGUCAAGAACUCCUGCGGGGCCGUCAGGUCAGCCAUCGCCCAGUGGCGAGGCGUCGGAGGAGUAUUUUCCGGAAGAAGACAACCUGAAGCGAGUCUCUGAGCCCAGUAGUGAACCGGGGGGUAAACCACCUCCCACAGCAAGCACUGCGCUCGACCCGAAUAGGAAGAGAAGUCACUCCUGGAAAGGCUUCAGUUUCAAAAAACAGCUUAGUAGAGUGGAUAUAAAAUUGAAGCAAACAUUUUCUAAUGCUCCUCAGACGGGUCAAGUGCCGCUGGGGAGCAGUAAACAGCCCUCGGUGACCAUCUCCUACUCAGCUAUAACUCCCAGUCAGUUGUCUCCGGUUGGUACGGAUUCACCUCCGGACUCAACGGAAGACCUUAAAGAAAUCCUCACUCCAGAGAGUGAGGAUGCCCCUAAAAGCUCAACUGCCUGUCCCCCUUCUGACGACGCGGGCCUCUUCAGUCCCGACGAAGUCAGUGUUGAGUACGGCACCGAGGCGUGCGAAUGCCUGAGUGACUCUGGCAUGGACACUGGGUCUGAUGCUGACAGAGUGAGUCGCCGGCCCGCUGACUUGCCCCUAUUUGACGCCGAUGGAAGGCCUAUGAGGCCGCCACGCAGAAGAGAGAGCGUCAUGAAGAAAGUCACGGAAAAGAGGGAUGGCCGUCUUUUGUCCGUUCCAAAUAUUAAGUACCACCGCUCAGAUCACCACCAUUUGAGGGAUCUCCGGCGAAAGGAUGAGGCUUCAUCGAGUGCUCCUGCAUUUGGCGGUUUCAUCCGCAGGUUCAAUAAAUUGGAUAGUUCUUUCUCAAGAUCAAGAAGUUCAAGUAUGUCUAGUCUUGAAAACAUCAGUGCUGAGGCUAUCCAAUGCUUAGCCUUUGCUGAUUCGUACACUAAAAAGGCUGAUCCCAGUGCAUACCCUACGCUGUGGGUUGGGACAAGCUUGGGAUCGGUUUUAACCCUAAUGAUAACUGUGCCACCUGGUGAUGCCCGUGCUUCGCAGCCAGUCGCCAUAACUCCUUGUGGUACAAUUUUCAGGCUAAAAGGCUGUAUUCUUACAAUGUCAUUUUUGGACUGCAAUGGAGCGUUAAUUCCCUAUUCCUACGAGCCCUGGAGAGAUGAGCACAAAGAAGGCAGGCAAAAAACGCCCACUAAAUCCGGUUGCAACAGCCGAAUGUCUCCUACGUUGGGUGGCGCAUCGGGCGUUGCUAGUGACCAGUUUGGAGACCGCCAAUUCGUGGUCCUGACAUCUGAAAAACAAGCUAGAGUUGUUGCAUUACCUUCACACAAUUGCGUUUACCGUCAACAAAUCACAGACGGGGACGGUUUUGUAGUAAAGGCAGAAAUAAUAUCACUAAAAGAUAGCGUCUGCCUUAUCGUCUACGUUUCCAGUGGCCAUAUCAUUGCCUACAGUUUGCCAAGUUUAAGACCUUUAGUAGACAUAGACUUUCUUCCUCUGGCAGAUCUAAGUUUUCAGACAACGAAACAAGGCAUUGUAGACCCUAUGUUGUCCAUAUGGGGCCAACAGAUGUUUGUAAAUGAAGAUACUGACCAGAUAGCGAGGACUUUCUGCUUUAGCAACCGAGGCCAUGGUCUUUUCCUGAGCUCACCUACAGAAGUACAGAAGUUUACAGUUUCAGCAGAAUUCUGCGCAAGUUUAGCCGAGAUGGUCGGUGAGCUUUUCCUUCCUCAUGACAUGCCAGAACCACCGAAACAGAGUUUUCUGCAAGGCUUGUUUGGAGGUGGUGUGAGAAACCUCGACAGAGAAGAGCUUUUUGGAGAGUCGAGUGGCCGGGCAUCGAGGAGUAUUGCCAAGCAUAUUCCUGGUUCUGCCACAAACUUGGAAGGCUUAAAACAAAACUCGUCUUCUGCUGCUGGUGCAAUAUCUCAAGCACACAUGAUGGCUGUGGAACGAGGAGAUAAAUUAAGUCAACUAGAAGAACGCACACAACGAAUGAUGAAUGAAGCGGAGAACUUCUCAUCCUCUGCACAUGGACUCAUGCUCAAGUACAAAGACAAAAAGUGGUACCAACUGUGAAUUAUCAGUAUUGCUUCUGAAAAAUGGUCAGUCAACAUGUGUAAUGUGAGCUACACUGGAUACUAGUCGUGCAUCCGAUGGUCUGUGUUUAAACACACCUCGGGCACUUCAAUGAAGUGAUUACGAUUGAUAUGUCCUGAUGUAGUAAUUUGUAACAUGGUUCAGGUUGAUCCAGUGUUGCUGGUUUCAGCAAGCCGUGUUUUGUGCACUUUGUGUCCUUAUCAACACGCCUUCUCUUCAGUCUGAAGGAAAUCUUGCUCUGUUUUUCUGUAAUGAACUUGCAUUGCACCUUUCAUGACUGAGGUCCUAGUACCGGGGCAGGUUGGGGUUCAUUGCAACACACAGUUUCAUGCACGGUGGCUUAAAAUACCAUGAUCUGAGAAAAGACCAUCAUUUGUCAGACAAGCAAAAUUAAAAUUUACUACUGAGUAAAUUUAAUGUGCCAGGACAAACUUUCUUAUUGUUCCUCUACUGAUAUUCCAUAUGCGUCUUUAAUUUGAACAUAUUUGAUUUGGUGGUGUGUGCAUGACCUCAGCUCUCCCUCAGUUUAUGAAAAUUUCCUUUAAAUUAUCAUGUACUAUUUGAUAGUAACAUUGGUCAUUUACAUUUUAAAAUGGUGUAUAAAUUUAUUAUGGGCAAUUUUUCGCAUAAGACCAAGCUUGCAUCUGUCAUACGACCAAUAUCGGCAUAUCGUUUUCUAUUGAGGUGGUCUUGGCGACAAUGCUCUUACUUUCUUGUCAUUGCGGUGGCUACUUAUGUAAACUUUCUCUGCUAAGUCUCUGUACACAUUUAUUCUUCCCAUAAUACUUCAGUUUAGCAAGACCCCCUCUCUGUACUGCACAUCACUUGCUACUUACCUGUAAGGAAUGGUGCGAGGAUGUACCGUGAUUCAAUCCAUUUGUUACAGUCAUUUUGUUGAGGUAUCCAGAAACUUGGAUGCACACUAAUGGCUGUUGUGUGUGUUUGUGUGUGUGUUUGUGUGUGUUAUGUUUGUUCAUGUGGAUGUUUGUGGUGUAACCCCACCAAAAGGGAAGUCGUUUUGUUUGUAAUUUUGUUACUAAUGUUGUAAUAUUUUUGUUACAUAUGUUAUAUUGUACAUUUUCUAGUUGACUUGUACCAUGAAAACGCUUAUCAUAUUGGAUUUAAAAGAUGUGGUGUGACAUGUUGGUAAAAAAAAAUUGUUGCAAAAGCUGUCUAAACCUAACUGCGUAUCCUAUAAAAACAUCAUAGUCAAUACCUUAGCAUGCCAUGCAUGAUAUGAAAGCGCUUCCUUGCGCAUGCCAUGCAAACCUUGUCUUAUAUUGUUGAAGAAUUUGUGUCAUAAAGAGAACUGUACUAAUGGGUCCGCUGGCGGAUGAGCAAAACGUUAAAAACUUCUGUGAAAGCUCCUAUUUUCUGAAUACAUCAGUGGUGUUACGGAACUGCAUAUGUGAUGUGGUUUAUGAGUAGUAAGUCUCCUGAAGGAGCAUCUUCCUUUUUGUACUUCUUUGAAUAAUAUACUAGUAAAUUGUUGUAGUAAAUUGGUUAAAUUAGAUUUAAGUUAUGAGCACUAAUGCUUCAGUCAUAUCUUCCAUAGUAUUCAAAGUGCUGAGUAUGUCGUUGCAAUGUGAUAAAUACAAAUUAUACUACUGCUUCUCUCUGAAAUGUGAAUAUUGUUUUCCAUGUGUGAAAGGAGAGGUAGAUAUUCCCUGUACAAAGGCCAGGCUGGCUGCAACUGCUUCAAUGCAGACAUUUCUGAUUAUUCUAGUGCUUGCAAUAUGUGAGAUGUUUAAUUGUUCUGUUGUUCUCUGAAACUGUAUCUAUUUAGCAAACAUGUCCUCAUCGACGUGGUUACCGAAACUAUUAAGGUAUUUGGAAAAGUGUUAUACCACAAAUGUAAUCAGCUUCGCACAAAUCCAAUUUUAAACAAAAACAAAUCAAAUUGAACAUAUCUUUAUUCAUUUCUUACAUGUUUUUCAACAUGAGAUAAUUUGUAAGACCAGUCUCUUAUGGGCCUACAGUGAGUUAUUUUAUCGGCUCUUUCUGGUUGGAGUUUAUACAAUUUCAUUCCUUUUUUAAAGGAGCUACAUUUACUCAUUGGGCGCCCUUUCCCAUCAAAAGUAAAUGGUCAGUUUUCUCUACUUUGGUUCAUCAAUGUGAAUCUACAAAAAUAGUAGCUCGAUUUGUAGGCACUGUCAUAUGUAGCUUUUGUAUGUGAGCAUUCAUGUACUCAGCUAUGCUUUUCUUGGAAAUUGUUAGAGCGAACAUUUUCCCUCAGUUAAGAGUCGUGUAUAACAUUCCAGAGCAAUAUAUCCUUUUUCUAAAGGGAAUUACUUAUACAAUAACAUGUAUCUACUUAAAUAGAGAUAGAAAUAGUUACAAAGUACCACUUUUUCCAAACAAAAAAAAUACUCUGAACAAUACAUGUAAGAUGCAUGAGUGGCAAUAUUUCAUGGUAGGUGUUGUAGAGUUAAUCGAUCUCCCCGUUUAAAGGCCUUGUCUUUUGUUGUGACAAAAUGUGACAGAGCGACGUCAUCUGCUGUACACACUUCAUUUUAAUCUAUUUUUCUAAUGCUGAAGUGGGAACAUUUGAGCAAGUGCAAUUGUGGUUUGUGUGCUGCAGCUAUUCAUGUGGGAUCCCAACAUAACAUGUGCGUACCAUCUGAGAUUAAUUGUUUUGCAGUUUUUCGGUCAUGUUCUUGCAUCAGCCAUGUUAAAUUUUAACAAGAGACAGGAUCAAUAUUUUGUUUAGGAAUAGAGAGACAAUAACUCUGAAUGGAAGAACCUUGAAAUACCUAUAUGAAACUUCUGGCACUGUUUCACAUCCCCAAAGUCAAGUCAAAAAGCUAGAAAUUUUAGAAUGUAGUAUUAAGCUAGACAUGUGUGUAUUUAGGCUGUAUCAAAUAUAAACUCUCUGGCUCGCAUUUUUUAAGUAGCCAGCAGGCCACCUUAAAUGCAUGGAAAUUUUAAUAUGGUUUGGAGGGAGUAGACUUACGAUGAAACUGUUUGAAAUAUCUGAGAUCAAGAUCUUUAGACAAACUCUUUGCAAAACUGAAACUCUAAUAUCCACAUUGCAAUAUCUCAAGUAAAUUUAGGAAUUAGUAUUUCAACAUAUAACAGUAUUUGACAAAUGAUUUCCUCUUUUUGAUUUUCAGAAAUGUAAGGUACGUAGACAGACAGGGUAUUUGAAAUGGGUGUCUAAAUGUUAAGGCACACUUGAUUAUCAAUCCUCUGGAAGAGAUGUUUGUCAAUCAAUGCAACUGCCUCUGUGAGAGCACAAUGCACAUUCAAAAGUAAGUGAAUUAGCUGGUAUUGUGGGAAUUUCAAUAAAUUUAGACUUCUUGUACGUGCUAUUUUGUAAUCAGUGUGUUUUCUAAGCUCUUUACAACGUGAAAUUUCGGGCCAAAACAGCGUUAGUUUCUUGAGCUGUCAAUUAGGAUCAGGAAAAGUGCAUCUCAAGCUCAUUCCUAUACCCAUUUCUCCCUAUUCCCUGUUGUUCAUGUCUUGUUAUGCAACAACGAAUUAUAUUUUUAGUGCAUGUUGUUUCUCUAAUCCUUUCAGUUGUAGCGUAAAAGAAUGAAAGGCAAAGUGUCUCUAUUCUGAAAAAAAUAGAUAAAUUGGGUUCCCAUGUGGUCUGCACAUACAAUGCGAAUGAACUGUACGUGAACUCUUUAAGUACUUGUGCCUUUAUCAUUUGUGUUUGUUGAAGUGAACAAUGGAGGGUUGAGAUUGUAUUGAUUAAUUGUUAAUAGUUUGAUUAUGAUGCUAAGAUUUGGUAACCCUCCUUCAAAUUAUUCAAACUUUAGACCUGUAAAUAAAAUAAAAUUUAUAUUUAGGGUACUAAUUGUAACUGUUCUUCUAUACUGUACUUAAGUGAAAUCAUUAAAGAAAGGGAAUCAUGUGAUAUUAUAUUCUGCCCAUUCUUGGUUGUUAACCUGAUAUUUGUUAAUGUGUAAAUUAAUGUUAAAUAAGAUUGUUGCAUUAAAAUUUGUCAAAUCUAUGUUCGUUCAUGAAUAUAGAGUAUUGAAGUGUUUUUUGGGGGGCGGGGAAAUGAAAUGGUCUUGAUUUGAAUUGUUAGACUGUAAAGCAGUUCUGUAUGUAUAGAAUGAUGUAAACGAUGAUAAAUAUUUAGUUAGCUCGAAAUCGCGAGGGUCAAGAGACAGAGCACAAUCUUCAUGACCGUAUCACGGUUUCAAGUUAUGGAAUUUGUUGAAGAUUUACUUAAUAAUUUUAAUCAUUUUUUUUAUUGGUUAGAUUCUUGAGAUGUUGCAUCUUUCCCCUUUAUCUCGUUUCAGAAUGUUGGGUUGUUUUCAUUUGUUGUUCUUUUAUUUUUACUCAGAGUGUGUGCAAGUAAAUCACUUAACUCUAGAAAAUGUAUUAAAAUAUUGAUAGACAAUAAGAGAUGAAAUUGUGUGAAUAUUUUAUAAGAUUUCUUGUAUGUGUACAGAAUGAAUGUCAGCCUUAUAAAUAUGAAGUAUUAAAAGCGAAUUGUUUAAAACA